AUGGGGGCUUCCCUCUCCACCAUUUGGGCCUCGCUGCCUUCUGCGACUGAAUUCUUCCCCCCAAGUCCAGCAGCCUAUACAAGCCUCCUCACCACCUUCCAAUACUUCCCUAUCUGCACGAUUUUGCAAUGGGUGCUGUCCUGGUACCCAGCCGGCAAAACCAGCCUACAGAGCUCCUUCUUCAACAUCCCAGGCCGCAUCGCCUGGUCCGUAAUGGAGACUGUCGGCCCCAUCAACCUAAUCUAUAAUCUCUCGCUGGGCUCACCGUCGUUCUCAGAGCUUCCAGCAGCGAACCAGCUGGUCGCAGCUCUUUACUGCAUCCACUAUUUCCACCGCGGGAUCAUCUCUCCCUUCUACUCGGCCCCGAGCAUGUCCCCUAUCCAUGCAUUCAUCAUGGUCAGCGCUAUGGCUUUUAACUGGUUAAAUUCUUCCUGCAUUGCGGGUUGGGUACGUGGAUACGCUAUCCCCAUGCCCGGAUUCAAGACAGAUGGCACCGGUGCACUGGCUUCAUUAUCUUCAUCAUCUCCAUCCUCGUCAUUGCCGCAGAUUCUGCCUCUUAUCGGUGUUGCACUCUUCAUCAUCGGCAUGGCAGGCAAUAUCUACUCGGAGACAACGCUCUUCCGCCUCAGAAGAGAAGAAGCCACGAAGCGAGCCGCGAAGAAAACCGACUCCCAGACUCCCGCGGGUGAUGCCAUGUACCACAAGGUCUACGUCAUCCCGCCUGUCAAGGGCGUCUUCCGGUCCAUCUUGUACCCGCAUUAUGUAUUCGAGUGGAUUGAGUGGGCCGGUUUUGCUCUGGCUGGUACAGCGGUGUUUCCUCUCUCUGCUUUUGCGAAAACAAAUGUCGCUAGUGCCGGUACGGGCAUCGGGGUUGCGCCUCGCAUGUAUCCUGCCCCGUGGGUCAUCCCUGCUGCCUGGGCGGCUGAUAAGUACGGUCUGCCAUUGCCGUUGCCUGCUGUGUUAUUUUUGACGAAUGCCGUUACAAACAUGUUGCCCCAUGCUCGCUGGGGGCGCAAAUGGUAUGUUGAGAAAUUUGGGGAGAAGGGCGUUGCGGGGCGAGGUGCCGUGGUGCCGUGGUGCUCGUGGAUGUGA